GUAACGGGUAUUAAGAUGAAAUUCUUGCUAAAAUGUUUUGUAAUUACCAUGUGAUGAAUGGUUUUUGGCGCCCCCUACUGGUUGCCUAUAAAUACAAAGCUAAACCGUAAAUUCCACGCAGUCUGUUGAGCGCUCUACUGUGUAUGCGGAGAGCUGAUGGACCAGUAGUGGAGCUCACUGUACUAAUUUGUGUUGACCAUUUAUUACAGGUAAUUAUAUUAUAUUAUUUAUUAGUAAAUUAUUUUGUCAGUUAUGUUUGUCAGUUUUUCUUCAGUUGAGUUGUCGGUUUGUCUGUUGUAUUGUCGGUUUGCUGUAUUUACCAGCUUGUCAGUUUGUUUGUUCCCUGUUUCAGUUAGAAGUUACUGUUAAUUAGUUUAUUAGUUAAAUUUGAUUGUUGUCUGUCUAUUUUUUUUCUUUAUUUAUAGGAAAUAGACCAGAUUGUGUUAAAUUAAUUUUAAAGAAGUAUUAAUAAUCAAAUAUCACUAUACGAUCAUUUGUUAGAAAAAUAUGUUGUUAAGCCAGAUUGUAAUGAUUGUUUGUGACGCAGUCUGUUGAGCGCUCUACUGUGUAUGCGGAGAGCUGAUGGACCAGUAGUGGAGCUCACUGUACUAAUUUGUGUUGACCAUUUAUUACAGUUAUUACAGAAAAUUCAACCAACUGGCCUCCUCUGUGUGUAUGACGGGACGGGCAUAAAGGGGAAGCUGUUACAUUGGUGCCGUGACCUUGGACUACAAUCAAGCUCGUCGAACCUGUGACCGUCCUGUCUGCCACAUCGGGUUUUGAAUACAUUUAUUCACAUUGUGUAUAGUUUCAUGUUCACAGUAACAUUUCAGGACAGUGAAAAGACGUUGCUGUACACUUAAACCUUUAUGGAGCAUUAGAGUAAUAUACUAUGCAAAUUGUUCUGACUUAUUUUGUUUAUUAUUUGUUUAUUCCAAAUUGAUGAUUUUAUUUCCUAUUGUGUUUUGGAUUUUGAAUAUCUUUCCACUUGUUAAACUCCCUGAACAAUGUCUAAUCAAAGUAACCACUUUUGGUUCAGCACACCCAUUAGUUUUGGAAGAGGAAGAGGUGUGCUUGCUCCCAUUCCUUUUUCUGUUGAUAGUCCUGCUCCUGGUGGUCUUAUGCCCUCAUUAGAUGAAAUUCCUAGUGCUAGAGUCCAUAAUCCUACUAGUGACAGUUCUGAAUGUGUAACUGCACAGAUGAAAUCUGUUUUACAAGAGAUAGGACAUCAGCUGGCUGACAGCAUCAUUUCACGCAUACAGCCACAUAUCACAGUUUCUCCCAGUUCUACAGCCACACACACUGCAGGGAGUACUGUGUGUCAGUCUGGUUGUGUAUCUGAUGUAUCCCAGGUUCAGGUUGUCUUGCAGAGAAAGGUCAAAGAACCUCCAUGUUUUGCAGGUAAUGGCUCAGACUCCAUUACAGUGCAUGAUUGGGAAGAUCAGAUGAGAACAUUCAUUAGGAAAACUGAUGUUAAGAUUGAAGAGCAGGCUGAGGAAAUCCUUAUGCAUCUAAGGGGAAAGGCUAAGGAUGUAGUUAAGUUUGGGAUUAGAAAUAGUAACAUUAACAUCACUGCUCAUCCUGACAUGAUUUAUAGUCUCCUCAGAAAACACUUCAGCUCUUCUAAAUACUCUGCUGUCCCCUUAGCUGACUUUUACUCGACCUUGCCCAAAGACCACGAAGACCCAUAUGACUACUGGCUGAGACUAAACAGAGCAGCUGACCUUGCUUCUGACUGCCUGAGAGAGCAGGGCAAAUCAUUUGAAAAUCCUGAGAUGGAGGUGACACGUAUGUUUAUUAGGAAUUGUCCCUGUAAAGACCUGGCUCUCACUUUCAGAUCCAAAACUAUUGACAGGUGGUCAGCAUGUGAAGUCCUGGAGGUGCUGAAUCAGUACCAUGCUGAGAUGAGCUGUAAAGAAACUUUCCCAGUGCGCCACGAGAAGACAGUAGACAUUAAAGUGCACAAAGCAGAAGUGGGCCAUGGCUUGAUCCCUACACAUAACAGUCAGGAGUACCCCCAGACACACAGCGCUCAGUAUGUCUCCCUGACAGAUGUAAUGUCGAUGUUAGAGAAGGUUCUGCUACAUGGAGCCUCUAAUCAGCCACAUGAAAGAAGGCGAAUUCCACCCAGGCGACCUGUAGACAAUGCAGACAUAAUAAAUGGUUUCACUAUUAAACCAUGCAUUAUUUGCAAAGCUGACGACCACAGUGCCUUGUCACAUUGCAGAGAAAAUAGGCUUUGUUUCAAGUGUUAUGCUCCAGGUCAUUCACGCCACAACUGCCCAACUAAAAGAGCUGCCCCAGAGCAUCAGGAAAACUGACUGGUCUGCACACAAGGGAGGACAGUGCAGAUGAACCCAAUAAGCCUCCCACUAAAAAUGAGUCUCCAGAAAUCCAAGAUAAUGCAUCCCUCUUUGAGUUAUACAGUAGUACAUUGACCUCAUCCAAGAAACCGAUA